CAUCGUUAUCGCAGUGUCUUAGACACGUUCCUUAGUAAUUAAAUGUCAAAUAAAUAAAUGUAAAAUGCCAAGAAACAAGUGAAACGUUUGUUAAUUAAGAACUUUUUGCACGCGUUCCUUAAUGCCACGCGUCAUACAGGGAAAGCUGUACUCUCUCUCAUCUCUAUCUCAUCUUCAUCUUCUUCGUUAGCAAUCCAUCUUUUAAUUUUGUUUCAGUCUGAUUGCUGUUUCUGGGUUUCGCAAAUGUUCUUUGAACAAAGCUUUUGAUUAUGUUUUGCUUCGUGACGACUUGAAGAAGAAGAUCCGGGUAAAAGCAAUCAAAAUCGGAUCCGGGUAAAAGCAAUCAAAAUCGGAUCUUGUUGUUGGCUGCUGCUGGUUUUGAUGCUGUGGUCUUCAUCAGGAUGGUCAUUUGCAGCAUUCGUAUCUUCUCAAUUGUUGCGGUCGUUUGCAUUUCCUUUGUGCUUCCUGUAAACUAUUACGGACAAAAGCUUGUAAAAACAGAGCUUAAAGUAUUUUAAACACUUCUUCAUAUGUUUUUACUUAUUAACAUAAAUAAUUAAUUUACUAAGAACUAACCUAAAAGUCCCAGCAAUAAUUUCCCUUUUUCUUAAUGUUUCUUAACAUUGUUCCUUAGCUCAAAAUUACUAAUAAACAAAUCUAAGACCUCUCUAGCAAUAAUGUUGCUCUAAGUGUCUAACCAUCGAUAAGAGAAUAUAAUAAGAUUUAAAUUGUCUGUAUUCGUCUAGAUUUUAAUCGUCCAUAGUUGUGACUUGUGAGCAUGCUGGACUAAUCGUUAUUAUAUUCACUAAUCAGUAUAAGAAAUCGUAUAAAUAAACGGCAAGCAAAGCUUUAGUGAGCAAGCUGCAAGGCUGCAAUCAUAUUCCUCCUUUGUUAUCUCUCUUCACUCUAUAAUAUUUUAUAUUUUUAGAAAAUGAAGGUUUGUUGUUUCUGUUUCAACGAAAAGAAGGAGAUAGUUAUACUCAGAGUUAAAUUUUUUAAUGAAAGCAUCAAACAGAUAGCUAAGGAAGUUGCCAGCAAGUUUCCAGGAGUAACUAAGGUGGUAGAGGUUGAAGGAGAAUGUCAGCUAGAGGUUAGGGGAGAAUUUAGUAUUUCUGGAUUGACAAAGAAACUAAAGAAGAUAGAUGCAUCUGUUGAGACAAACAAGAUUGUAUCUGAUGGGGUAACGGAGCCAGAAAUCAAGAUUCAGCCGCGAGAUGAAGGCAAACGACCUAUUAAAAUACAAAAAGCGAGUAAACCGCUCAAUGAUGGUGCCAGCAGCUCAAACGGGACAGCAUCGCAAAAUUAUGGAUCAUUAAUGUGGGAGCAGGCAAAAGGUGUCGGUGCUGGUGCUGCUGAGCAGGCGAAAGCUAUAGGUGUCGGUGCGGCUGAGAAGGCAAAAGCUAUCGGUGCGGAAGCGUUUAACCUUCUUCCUAACAAUAUGAAAUGGAAUUAUGCAAAGAAGAACGAUAGAAAAGAGAAUAUGGCAGUGGUACUACAUUGUGAGGAAGAAGAAAUGAAAGAAAAGAAGAUCAGGCAGGAGAAAGAGAAAGAGAAGAAGAGAAUAGCUUUAGCGGAAGAAGAGAUGAAACAAAAGAAGAUCAAGCAGGAGAAAGAGGAAGAGAGGAAGAAACAAGCUUUAGCCGAUGAAAUGAAAAGACAAAAGAAGAUGAAGGAAGAAGGAAAGAGAAGGAAACAAGCUUUAGCCGAAGAAGAGGAAAAACAAAAGAAGAUCAAGCAGGAGAGGGAGGACGAGAAAAGGAGGAGACAAGCUUUAGAAAAUAACUCAGGAGGAACCUCAAUGGUGGCAGGAAUCACAGGAAGUUUGUGGAACGCCGUAUCCACAGUAACAAAUGCUUCCGCGCAAACACUAGGAGACCUACAUCGAAGCAUAUCCACGCAAACACAACGAACCGGACAGCCAAGUACAUCAACGUACACACAACGAACUACGCAACCAAGUACAGGAAGUUUGUGGAACACCGUAUCCACAGCAACAAAUGCUUCCACGCAAACACUAGGAGACCUACAUCGAAGCAUAUAUUCCACGCAAACACAACGAACCGGACAGCCAAGUACAUCAACGUACACACAACGAACUAGGCAACCAAGUACAUCAACGCAAAAUCCAUUUUCAACACAAAGAGGAAACACGACCAGUUGAAAAGAAAGGCGGGUAUUCAAGUUUUCAUGAUAUGUUUUCGAGUCCAUGGACUAGAAAAUUCAUCUUAUCUACUACAAUGAAGUUUUUUGUUUUUUUUUGUAAAAAUACUACAAUGAAGUUUGUGUCCUUAUUUUCAAUAUUGUAUUUUUUUUAACAAAUGUUGUAUUUCUAU